AACUAGCUCGUUUUAUCAGCGCUCUUUGAUUAAUAUGGAUUUGGUAUUUUUUGUAUUAUUACAUUUGGUUCUCACAUUUAACCCUUGUUUUAAUAAAAAAUAAAAAGAACAUUAGUAGUACAUAAUUACGUCAUUCAUGUCGUGUUCAUGUCAUUUAAGUGAUAGAAACUGGCAUAAUACACCUAUUUAAUUACAGCAAUACAGUACUUUCGUAAGUACAUAUUAGCAACUUAAUACCUAGUGUAGAUUAGCUAAUUAGUACCUAUUUAUAACUCAUAUAGUUUACCAAGGAUGAUUUUAUUAAGGGCAUGUCACGUAAAGUUCUCCAUGAGCACUAAACUAUUAUUAUACUUAGUACAUGACAAAAACAAGAGAUAUGAGUACACAGUAAUCUGCAACCGUGUUCUGUUAAGAUAUAUUAGGUACCUUUGUAUCUACCUAUUCUGUUUACAUCUUGUACAAACAUUUAUUAGUGAUGACCAAUACAUCGAUAGGACGAGUCGUUACAAGGUCAAGCAUUACCGUGGAAACUACAUGGUACACAAAAUGCUGGUAAUACACCCUUUAGGCCUCAGUCUGUGGUCAGCCUAGCGGUCAGUGGGUUACAGCGAAGGGGCGCUUACGAUAUGCACUACAUAAAUUGUCAUCAAUAGAAGCGAUGACUACUUUCGUUUCUCUUUUACUACUGUUCUCGUCUUUUCGCAUCGUUUUCGCUCAAACUACUCAGAAUAUUAAUGUCUUACUGGUCAACGAAGAGAGUAACGCUUUAGCUGAGAAGGCUUUCGAAGUAGCUAAAGAAUAUGUAAGACGCAACCCUAGUUUGGGACUUGCAGUGGAUCCUGUUAUAGUCGUGGGAAAUAGAACGGAUGCAAAAGAAUUUUUGGAGAAUGUUUGCAGAAAGUACAAUGAUAUGCUUUCGGCGAAAAAGACUCCUCAUGUAGUUCUCGACUUUACUAUGACAAAUGUGGGUUCCGAAACAAUAAAGUCGUUCUCAGCUGCUUUGGGCUUACCAACAAUAUCGGGAUCUUUUGGACAAGUUGGGGAUUUGAGACAAUGGAGAGCACUGAAUCCCAACCAAACAAGGUUUCUACUGCAAGUGAUGCCCCCUGCUGAUAUCUUACCGGAAGCUAUUAGAGCAGUUGUUACAAAGCAAGAUAUUACGAACGCUGCCAUUAUUUUUGAUGAAUUCUUCGUCAUGGAUCACAAAUACAAGUCGCUUCUACAAAAUAUACCAACGCGACACGUAAUCACACCGGUGAAGAGUUUUGAGGCAAACGAAAUUAAAACCCAACUCGAAAGUCUCCGUAAUUUAGAUAUCGUUAACUUUUUUAUUGUUGGAAGCUUAAGAACUAUAAAGAAUGUUCUAGAUGCUGCCGACAAGAAUCAGUAUUUCGGCAGGAAAACGGCAUGGUUCGCUUUAUCUUUAGAAAAGGGAGACAUAAGCUGCGGUUGUAAGAACGCUACCAUCGUCCACAUGCGACCAACGCCAGACGCGAACAGCAGAGAUCGUUUGGGAAAGAUCAAAACCACAUACAGUAUGAACGGCGAGCCAGAAAUCACAUCCGCCUUCUACUUCGACCUGUCUCUGCGAACGUUUUUAACGAUUAAAUCACUGCUGGACUCUGGCAAGUGGCCAAACGACAUGAAAUAUAUUACAUGCGACGAUUACGACGGCAAGAAUACACCAAACAGGACCUUGGAUCUUAAAACGGCUUUCCAAGAGAUAAAAGAGACACCAACAUAUGCGCCAUUUUUUAUACCCCAAGAUGAUCCCAUGAACGGAAGAAGCUAUAUGGAGUUCAGCACCGACUUGUUAGCGAUCACGGUUAAAGACGGUGCAUCCAUAAGUAGCCACUCACUGGGUUCCUGGAAAGCUGGCCUCUCCUCGAACCUAACCUUGACUGACCCCAAUAAUAUGAGCAAUUACUCGGCGCAGUUAGUGUAUAGAAUCGUUACAGUGGAGCAAAAACCAUUUAUUGUUAGGGACGACAAAUCACCAAAAGGUUUUAAAGGAUAUUGCAUCGACCUCAUUGAGGAGAUAAGACAAAUUGUAAAAUUCGAUUAUGAAAUAACUUUAGCUCCUGACGGAAAUUUCGGUACUAUGGACGAAAAUGGAAACUGGAACGGGAUUAUAAAGGAACUGGUCGAUAAGAAAGCAGAUAUAGGACUGGCUUCGUUGUCCGUCAUGGCCGAGAGAGAAAAUGUCGUUGACUUCACCGUCCCGUACUACGAUUUGGUGGGAAUAACAAUAAUGAUGAAACUGCCGAGAACCCCGACAUCUCUUUUUAAAUUCCUAACAGUUUUGGAGAAUGACGUUUGGCUAUCGAUAUUGGCUGCGUAUUUUUUCACCAGCUUUCUUAUGUGGGUAUUCGAUAAAUGGAGUCCAUACAGCUAUCAGAACAACAGAGACAAGUAUAAAGAUGACGAGGAGAAACGAGAGUUUACUCUCAAGGAGUGUCUCUGGUUUUGUAUGACGUCACUGACCCCCCAAGGAGGUGGAGAGGCACCGAAGAAUCUGUCUGGACGACUGUUAGCCGCUACGUGGUGGCUUUUUGGUUUCAUCAUAAUAGCAUCGUACACGGCGAACUUGGCGGCUUUCCUGACGGUCUCCCGAUUGGACACGCCUAUAGAGUCGCUGGACGACCUGUCCAAACAGUACAAGAUACAGUAUGCACCGCUGAAUGGCUCCUCAGCCAUGACCUACUUCCAGAGGAUGGCUAAUAUCGAGGAGAAGUUUUACGAAAUAUGGAAGGAAAUGAGUUUGAACGACAGUUUGAGCGAAGUAGAGCGCGCGAAACUGGCUGUUUGGGAUUAUCCGGUUAGCGACAAAUACAGUAAGAUGUGGCAGGCAAUGGAAGAGGCCGUUCUGCCGAAUACCAUAGACGAGGCUAUACAAAGAGUGAGGGAUUCAAAGAGUUCCAGUGAAGGUUUCGCUUGGCUCGGCGACGCGACUGAUGUGAAGUACCACGUGAUGACCAGCUGUGACCUGCAGUCAGUCGGAGACGAGUUCUCGAGGAAGCCGUAUGCUAUAGCCGUGCAGCAGGGAUCCCCGCUCAAAGACCAGUUUAAUAACGCUAUCCUACAACUGCUAAACAAACGCAAAUUGGAAAAGCUCAAGGAAAUCUGGUGGAACAACAAUCCUGAGGCAAAGAAAUGUGAGAAACAGGAUGACCAGUCUGAUGGGAUCUCUAUACAGAAUAUAGGGGGCGUCUUCAUCGUGAUAUUCAUGGGGAUAGGCCUGGCUUGUAUAACUCUUGGCGUCGAGUACUGGUGGUAUAAGUGGAGGAAGAGGCCUGCUGUUGGGGAUGUUACACAGGUGGAACCCGCCAAGUCAACCAGGAACAACGUUGACAAGCAAGAAGGAUUUAAUUUUAGAGCUAGAAAUAUAGGGCUUACCCUCAAAUCUAAGUUUUAAUGUUUUAGUGCAAACUUUACGCUUUAAAUCUCUUUCUUUUGAAAGGUAUCUCUAGUAUUUUCCAUGUGUUCAGUGAUCUCAUUUUUAUUAAGUGUUUUGUAUGUAGGUCUGCCCCAAUGUAUGCAAGUGUGUCUGCAAUAAAUAAUAUAAUCAAA